AUGAUGGACGAAACACUUCACUCUCAAAAUCAAUUUAGCCAGCUGCGGACCAGUGAAUCGGACGGUGAAGUCGACGGCGGCCCCCCUCAAGUCAUGAACAUGAACGACCCCAGCGAGCAGGAUACACCGCCCGAUGUGGAUCAACAAGAUGUGUUCCAGGACGGUAUGCUGCUCAGGGACGUACCCCAGCGCACCACCUUUUACGAUCCAGUGGCCGAACGCCAGAUGACCCAGACCGAUGCCAAACUUUUUUAUCAACGUAGUAAGAUCGAGGGCCGCGGUGCUGGGACCUCUAGUUGGAAUCAUUCACCUCCAGAAGGCAGUCCUGCCAUUUUAUCGGCAUCUCGCCCAGCCACUGACUACGGGGCCGACUCUCUGAUCCUCGACUUUGGCGACGACAAAUCCGAAGUCGGCGCAGUGCCGCAGAUUAAAGCUCAUGAGCAGUUCUCACAGGCUGCUCCAACCCAGUCCACCGGAUCUGAUGUGUGGAACGUCAACAACGCGGUCGCCGUGGACCUUCCCAACAGCAGCCUAUUCGACACUGAGCCGCACAUCACUGCAGAACUUAGUGCCAUAUCCAAAAAUAUCCAGAACAUACUUGACAUAAGGCGCAAAUAUAUGACCCUCUCCUCCCAAGGUCCAGAUGAUAACCCUCGGGAUGGACCUGAUUGGCAUAUAUACCCGCCACCACCUGAACCUGCGUGGAGCCAGAGUAACACGGGCCGCGCAAGCUUUCCCAGGAACCUCCAGAAUGGCCACGACAAAAAUCAGGGGAUCCAUGCAAGUGUCACGCCGAAGAAGCCUGCUCGGAGGCGGAAGCAAGGCGAGCAUGUUGGUGAAGACUUUGACAUGGAGGAUCUGACGCCCUUGCUCAACAACGACAUGACCAUGACUUACAAGCUGGACGAGAGCGGGGUUUACCAGGUGUUUUCGAAUGGCGAUGCCGAUACGCCGGCCAUUCGAGUGCCCACUAUCAGAGAGUUCUACAUGGAUCUGGAUAACAUUCUUACUGUCUCGUCCGACGGCCCCAGCAAGAGCUUUGCAUUCCGCCGUCUCCAGUAUCUGGAAGGCAAGUUUAACCUGUACGUGCUGCUGAACGAAUACCAGGAGACCGCCGAUAGCAAAAAGGUCCCGCAUCGAGAUUUUUACAACGUUCGUAAGGUGGACACGCACGUUCAUCAUUCUGCGUGCAUGAACCAAAAGCAUCUUUUGCGAUUCAUAAAGAGCAAAAUGAAGAAAUACCCAAAUGAGGUUGUCCUCUACCGAGAUGGCAAGCACCUGACCCUGGCCGAAGUAUUUGCUAGCAUCAACUUGACCGCAUACGACUUGAGCAUCGACACAUUGGAUAUGCACGCACACACCGAUUCAUUUCACCGUUUUGACAAGUUCAACUUGAAGUAUAACCCGAUUGGCGAGUCCCGUCUACGGACCAUCUUUCUCAAGACGGACAAUUUCAUCCAUGGGCGUUACUUGGCCGAGAUCACAAAAGAAGUCAUAUCUGACCUCGAGUCGAGCAAGUACCAAAUGGUUGAGUGGCGCAUCUCGGUCUACGGGAAGUCGAUAGACGAAUGGGACAAGCUUGCGGCCUGGGUUGUGGACAACAAGCUUUUCUCGCACAAUGUGCGAUGGUUGAUCCAAAUUCCGCGCCUGUACGAUGUCUACAAGGCGAGCGGGUUGAUGGAGAGUUUUGAACAAGUCGUUACAAACGUUUUCCAGCCUCUGUUCGAAGUUACGAAGGACCCAUCGAGCCAUCCAAAACUGCACGUCUUUCUCCAGAGAGUGAUCGGCUUCGACAGUGUCGAUGAUGAGAGCAAAGUGGAGAGGCGGCUGUUCAAAAAGUUCCCAGUACCCAAGGUGUGGGAUAGCAAACAGAACCCGCCCUACAGCUACUGGAUCUACUAUCUAUUUUCCAAUAUGGCGUCCCUCAACUACUGGAGGAGAAAGCGCGGGCUGAAUACAUUCGUGCUGCGGCCCCAUUGUGGCGAGGCAGGCGAUAGCGAGCAUCUUGCAGUUGCCGUCCUGGGCUGCCAUAGCAUCAGUCAUGGGCUCCUGCUGCGCAAGGUGCCGCUGCUGCAGUAUGUAUUCUACCUGGAGCAAAUCGGAAUCGCCAUGUCGCCACUGAGCAACAACGCUCUGUUCCUGGCCUAUGAGCGAAAUCCUUUCCACCAAUAUUUUAGGAGGGGCCUGAACGUAUCUCUCUCAACCGACGAUCCGCUGCAGUUUGCAUUCACAAAGGAGCCAUUGAUCGAAGAAUAUGCCGUGGCUGCGCAGAUUUAUAAACUUAGUCCUGUUGACAUGUGUGAGUUGGCGAAGAACUCGGUCAAGCAGAGUGGCUAUGAAGCAUCCGUCAAGAGACAGUGGCUUGGACCUGACUUUGACAAGCCAGGUAAGGAGGGGAACAAAAUGGACAAGACGAAUGUUCCAGACAGGAGAGAGGAGUUCCGAUAUCAUACUCUUGUCCAGGAGAGAGAUGUCUUGAGACGCUAUGUCAAUUAUGACGUGAGGAGUGAUCUCAAGGACACGAGUUUCCUUGCGGGCGCCAAAUCCUCAAUGACAGCGGCAGCGCCAAGCCUAAGCUUGCCCGCAUCGACUAUACUUGUAGAGAGUACGGGACAUAGCGAUGACUCGGCGGCUGCUGCCCUGACCACGACUUCUGCUCUGUUGCCAAGAUCUGGCCGGGCGGUUGCGCGACCAACUGAGGCUAUGGCCGAUUUGCAUCUGUCAGGAAGCGACCCUCGGAUGUUCCCUGGUAUCUUGACCCGGGACCAACAAAGUGGCAGCCUUCGCCAAACUACACAAGCAGAGGAGUGGCCUGUAGAUUCCAGCCAGGCGCCUGGGGAGGAAGAUGAUGCGUAA